AUGCAAGAGAAAGACGGUCUAAAUUGGCUUGUUUUCCUUAACAAAUACGGCCUUCAUGGGAUUUUAGCGGAUGAUCUCGGCCUAGGAAAAACCUUACAAACCCUUUGCCUUCUUGAUCUACACCAUCAUCAUAUCAAGUCGAGUUGUGGUAGCAUCUCAAAGAUGAAGGAAUCAUGUGAGACCACGCUCGAUGCGCCUUCAUCCUCCAUUAAGGUUGUAAAAGAGGAAGCUGACUAUGACUCACACACUUUGCACUCCAGGGACCUUCUCAAAUGUCAAACUUUUUCAGGAAGUUCUACAAAUAGUGCCCUUUAUUCAUCAAAUCCCAGUACAUAUCAUUUGGGCCUGCGCCCCAUAUCACUUGUAAUCUGUCCUGCUACUCUCACCAGACAUUGGCUGGCAGAGAUACACAAGUUUCUUUUGCCUGAGGCUGUUGCUCCUGGCGCUGGGCAUCUUCAGCCAGUACUAUAUCCAGAAGACAGGAAAUCUAAAAGAGACUGUGGAAUGUAA